UUUGUUACGGGAGCGGUUUGUAUUCGGAGAACCAAUGCGUCGGUCUGCGCUGGAAAAGCAGACAGCUAGAUAGCAUCGACCAAGGGCAGUCAUUGGAACUACGCUUCGUCAGUCAGGAUGGCGUAUAUCCAGACCUCACCAUCUUCAUGUUUCUGAGGUCGCUGUCGUGGGCGAGUGUGUGCAUAUGUGGGGGUGUGCGUGUGGGUUGUGCACAUGUGUUUGAGUGUGUGAGAAGGACUCGAAGAAAAAUCCAGUGAUGGCUGCCAAUAAAGGUAAAAACCAGAGUUCUCUGGCACUGCACAAGGUGAUAAUGGUGGGAAGUGGAGGUGUUGGGAAGUCCGCCCUAACGCUGCAAUUUAUGUAUGAUGAGUUUGUCGAAGACUACGAACCCACUAAGGCAGAUAGCUACAGGAAGAAGGUAGUGCUGGACGGGGAGGAAGUCCAGAUCGACAUCCUGGACACAGCUGGCCAGGAGGACUACGCUGCUAUCAGGGAUAAUUAUUUUCGCAGCGGGGAGGGCUUCCUGCUGGUUUUCUCCAUCACAGAGCACGAGUCCUUCAGUGCCACUGAUGAGUUCAGGGAGCAGAUCCUGCGAGUGAAGGCGGAGGAGGACAAGAUCCCUCUCCUGCUGGUUGGCAACAAGUCGGAUCUGGAAGAUCGUCGGCAGGUGUCUGGUGAUGAGGCGCGCGGGAAGGCUGAGGAGUGGGGGGUCCAGUAUGUAGAGACGUCUGCCAAAACUAGAGCCAACGUGGAUAAGGUAUUCUUCGACCUGAUGCGCGAAGUGCGUGGCAAGAAAAUGACUGAAAAUAAGGACAAAAAUGGAAAAGGAAAGAACAAGAAGAGUAAGAAGAGUUUCAGAGAGAGAUGCUGUUUACUUUGAGCUCUUCAUGGACCUAAAUAUAAGCCACAACACACAUCUGUAUUGCCGGGGAACAAAACAGAUGUUUUUCAUUGUCAUUUAAAUGGAAAUUGAUAAUUAUUUUUGUAAUGGCUUGUGAUAGAUUAGUCUCUACAACAAUCUCAACCACUUUGUUGCCAAUUUUACAUACUAAAACUGGAAGAUGACCACUGUUGUUACUGUGACUUAAACUGCAGUGCUUGAUGGCUCACACUAAGCUAAUGACCAAACUGCCAGUGACACUAACUAUGCUGCUCAAGAAUUUCUCCACUGUUUAAUACUGAAUAAUGCCUUUGAAUUUCAGUAAACAACGCGUUAAAUUUCCGAAGCCACUCUUAACCUUAUCAUGCAGACCUCUUGUUUCUGAAUUCAUCAAACUGUAGGAACUAUAAUGCUGCUGUUUGUCAUGUUUGUCCAUUAAUGAUUACAUUUACUGCUAGUAAAUUUACUGCGAAGGUCUCAUCCAUUUGGUCUGUUCAGACUUAUCCUUUCAAGUUGGCUGCUUUGAAUUGAUAAACAUUUCAAAUUAUAAUUUUUUUUUCUGAGUGCAUAAGCUUUAUCUUUCCCCAAGACAUUGUGACUUUUGUGCCCACACACGAUUCUCAAGGUAGUGGAAUCCAAUUAGAAGAUUUGUGGCCAAACAGGGUUAUUUCAUAUUCCUUUCUUCUUUUGUGCUCUGGUAGGAUUACAAAAAGUUAAUCAGAGAAAUUCUUUGUAAUUCUGCAGGUAAAACGCUGCAGAAUUUUGGGGACUGAAAAACUCAUUAAUUAAUUCUUUGUGCAGAUAUGAUGCAAUAUCUUUACUAGUUUAUCACACACAGAAGAAAGCAGUCAUAUACUCCGACCUUUCUAGUAGUGCAGAAUGGUAUUUCUUGUUUCUUUUAAAGGAAUGUCAAUGUUCUGGGAUUUUGAUGACAAUCUUCAAUAAUGACAUUUUUUCUUUACAUUUUAAUAACAUGCAUUUCAUUGCCAAUUCAUAGGAAGGAAUGAAGGAAUUCAUUCCUUAAAAGUCUCUUCAUAGUGGAGACUUUUAAAUAGUUUGUGCCAACUAAACUGCAAAUCAAACUAUAUUUGUGCACUCUGUAUGUGGGCUAACAGAGCAAUUUGUCUGAACUAUACUACCUUACUGUGUCUUUGAACAAAGCUUUACAUCUUAACUCUUGUUUAAUUAAGUGCUGUAGUGAGUGAGAUGUUUCUACCACUGCCUAAGCCAUUCUUUGUAACAUGCCUUGUUUUAUGCAUUCUACUGUGAACAUGCUUCAGUCUCCUUGCAGCAUGAAAGUUUCAAAAUAAAUGUUUCUUUUCUUUA